UCUGAACCGACAUCCAGGCCUCCUAGUCCCUGUUUGCCCACUCGAUUAGCAGCCAUGACACAAGAUAAAGAAGGUGAUCAUGGAAACAUUCCGUGGGCCGAACCAGCAUGGCACGGCAGGCUUCCCUCUCCCCACUACAGCGACUCGCACAGACGUCUCCAAAGCUACUGCAGAAAUUUCAUCGAUACCAAUAUUUUCCCUCACAUGAUGGAGUGGGAAGCUAUGGGAUCAUGCCCACGAGAGACUUCAUUAAAAUAUGUUGCUUCUGGCCUUGCUUUCUUGGACGUCCCAAUUCGCUAUCGGCCGGAACAUCUCCGUCACAUUGCUGGUAUACCGAUCGAACAAAUAGACGCUUUUCACCGCAUGAUCGUAAUGGACGAAACUGCACGUAUUGCCGGAGGAUGUAUACAUGCCCUUGAAGGUGCAUCGAGCAUUGGUGCAGCGCCAGUGAUAGACUAUGGAACUGAGUUACAACAACGCAGAUGGCUACCUAGUCUCUUCACCUGGGAGACAUCGUUCUGUCUUGGUGUUACCGAAGUAAAUGCUGGUUCGGACAUUAGUGGCAUAGCCACUGUAGCCAUACCAUCUAUGGACGAAACACAUUACGAAGUCACGGGCUCGAAGAAGUGGGUUGCCGGUGGUCGCUGGGCGACCCAUAUGACAACACUAGUCCGCACAGGACAAUUGCCUACAGAUUUAUCGCUGCUAGUCAUACCGCUCAAGAAUCCUGGGGUCAGUAUUGAUCGUAUACAAAGCCAGGGAUACUGUGCGGCCGGCCUUAGCUGGAUCCAUUUGAAUAAAGUGAAGGUACCUGCGGAUCACUUGAUAGGAAAAAGAGACAAGGGUAUUCCACUGAUAUUUAACAACUUUGUCAAGGAGCGCUUGAUCGGUGCUGUGUGUAGCAAUCGGCGCUCACGCCUAUGUCUAUCACUUGCUAUCGCCCAUGCGUAUCAGCGCAAAACUUUCGGGCGCCCGAUUGCGACACGAUCAAUUGUACAAUAUCGAUUAUCAAGACUAGCCCAGUUGAUCGAACAACAUUGGGCCUUCCUUGAGCAUGUUGUUUUCGCAAUCGAAAAGGACGGCUGGCAGUCUUCACAAGUCAUAGCUGCUAUUGCGUCAGCAAAGUCUACAGGAGGCAGAAUGCUGGAGCUUACAGCAAACAGAGCACAGUUGACUUUUGGUUCCAGCGGAUUUGAGAGAGGCAAAAGCUCGAGCGGCCUGGUCGAAAUGAUAAGCCGUGAGGUCAAGUGUGCGCAGAUAGGUGGUGGAACAGAGGAAAUAUUGGCGAAAGUCAUUUGGAGAGAGUCACACAAAGCGUACGGGAACAAUAAGUUAUAG